CGUCACUUCCUGGCCCUGCAGCCGGCGGCAGCGAGGCGAGAGCCGGGGCCGGGGGCGGCGGGGCCCGCAGCCUACCCGGCGCCCGCCACCAACAUGCCCUUUGACUUCAGGAGGUUUGACAUCUACAGGAAGGUGCCAAAAGACCUUACACAGCCAACCUACACAGGGGCUAUUAUCUCUGUCUGCUGCUGUCUCUUCAUACUGUUUCUUUUCCUGUCUGAGCUCACCGGAUUCAUAGCCACUGAAAUAGUUAAUGAGCUCUACGUGGAUGACCCAGACAAAGACAGUGGAGGUAAAAUAGAAGUGAAUCUGAACAUAAGUUUGCCAAACCUCCAUUGUGAACUAGUUGGACUGGACAUCCAAGAUGAAAUGGGAAGGCAUGAAGUGGGUCAUAUUGACAACUCAAUGAAGAUACCUCUCAAUAAUGGGGAUGGCUGCAGGUUUGAGGGCCAUUUCAGCAUCAACAAGGUCCCUGGUAACUUUCAUGUGUCCACACACAGUGCCACUGCGCAGCCUCAGAAUCCUGACAUGACUCACAUCAUCCACAAGCUCUCAUUUGGGGACAAGUUACAGGUCCACAAUGUUCAUGGAGCAUUCAAUGCCUUGGAGGGAGCAGACAAACUCAGCUCAAAUCCUCUUGCAUCUCACGAUUACAUAUUGAAGAUAGUCCCAACAGUGUAUGAAGACAUGAGUGGCAAGCAGCGAUACUCCUACCAAUAUACUGUAGCAAAUAAGGAGUACGUGGCCUACAGCCACACUGGCCGCAUCAUCCCAGCCAUCUGGUUUCGUUACGAUUUGAGCCCCAUCACAGUGAAAUACACAGAGAGGCGACAGCCUUUGUACAGGUUUAUCACAUCGAUAUGUGCCAUCAUUGGAGGAACAUUUACUGUAGCUGGGAUCCUCGACUCCUGCAUUUUCACAGCAUCAGAGGCCUGGAAGAAGAUCCAGCUGGGGAAAAUGCAGUAACAGUGAAACUCUACCCUAGUCUCCAAGGACAGGAGCAAAGAUUGAGAAAUCUACCACUACCUGUUUUUGUCUGUAUUUUCUAUUUGAUUGAAUCAA